AUGGCCGUACUUGCUUUUAGAACUCCGGAACGGCUGUUGAAGCGCAGCGCAUGGCGCUUCACGCGUAGACACCUCUCCGAUGCUGCAGAAUACGCGGCACUCGAGCGCGUACGCCUUCGCGACAAGACGGCUCACACGCUCUGCCGCAAGUCGGUAGAGCUGCAUUCUACGGGGCAGCGGCACUCGAUAUUGCUCGACGGCAGGCUGCUGGAGUCUCCUUUGGGCAAUGUGCUGCGCACUCCGUCCAGAGCGGUGGCGGAGCGCGUCGUCGCCGAGUGGCGGGAGCGUCUCGGGCAGCUGACGCGCUUCGAGACGUUGCCGAUGACGAUGUUGCUCGCUGAGACGGUCGAUAUGUCGCCAGACAAGCGCGCGUCGGCCGUCGCGACGCUCGUCGACGCCCUCGACUUUGACACCGCGCUGAGGUUCCACCCGAGUCCAGAGGCCCCGUUGGAGCUGCUCGCAGGCAUCGAGGAGCUAGACAGCGCCUGCAUGUCUCGAAUCGCCCCCCUCGACCUCGACGUGCUGCAGAGCACCUACCUCCUGCCGAUUCUGCGUGCCUUCGCGCGGCGCCGCGGCACCAGCGCCCUGGUGGCGUCGGGCGACCUCGCAACCAGCCCCCGCCAGCCCGCUGACGUUGUGGACGCCGUGAGGAGCACGCUAACGGCAUACUCAGCCGCACAAGUGGUAGCACUGAAAAAUAUACACAGAAGAUUGAAGUCAAUAGUCCUACCCUUGGAGCUCCUCGACGGCGCGGUCGACGCGGCCCGUGCCGUGCGGGCGUCGCGGCUCGAGGAGACGCUACAGGCAGCUUCCUGGGGCGUGUGCGCCGACUUCAUAGAGCAAGAAUGCACCAUGAUGUCGCAAAUCGGCGUGGCACGAGACUUCUGGAGUGCGCACGUAGACUCGACGUCAUUAAUGUAG